AGUUGAUGCAUUAGAGACUGUUUUGGUAUAUCGUCUGUGUGAUGUGUUGGAUCCAUAAUGUAUACAAUAAAUUCUGUCCGAAUCCCUCAAUCAAUGCGACACCGAAUCGUUAUAAUACUAUUCACAAGAAUUAUCCAAUCUAUGCGUAAUAUUAUUUAAGUCUUCAUUUGUUACACUUGUAUCCAGACAGAGCAAAUACAUACUCGUUUCAAUGACACGCACGUCAAUCAAAAUAAUUUAUUUAACAUUAUUAUGGACUCUAACCUGCCCGUUCACACAAUGUUUCUCUCUCCUGAAUCCAUUAAAUUACAUUCCUCUUUUGACAAGCAUUCAAUCACUUCAAGCUCUUUCACUUAAAGUAUCCGAAGAAACUUACGACAAAGUAAACGAAGCUAUCAAAAACAACCCGAAUCUGUUAAAGCAAUUAAUUGCUCAAUCUUUGAAUUCAAAGUCAAAAUUGCCAUCUUCACCUCAGGGAGUUCCAGUAUUUAAUGGACUUUCAAGCAUUUUUCCUCCUUAUGGUACUGGUGUGUAUCCCGCUAACAAUCCUGUAACCGUAGCAUUGCCGGGAGAAUUCGUGGCUAAUGGUCAGAAAUAUGUAGUGACUAAUAGAUUAAAUUUACUCGGAAAUUUCUUCAAAAGAGCAGCUUCAGCAAUUACAUCACCGAUAUCAAAAUCAUUAAAUUAUGUUCAAAAUUUGGGACAAAAUCAAGGAGUUCUACCCGAUCUAUUACACUCAAUUUCAAAUAGAUUAAAUAAUGGCAAAGGAAAUGAAAAAGAAAAAGAAAAAGAAGAAGAAGAAGAAGAAGAAGAAGAAGAAGAAGAAGAAGAAGAAACACGAAAAAAAUCAAAUAAAAAAGACAAGAAAAAAGACAAGAAAAAGAAGAAAGAAGUAGAUGAUGAUGAAGAAAGCGACGAAGGAGAAAAGAAAAAAGAAGAUAGUGAUGACGAAGACGAAGAAGAAAAAAAUAAAUCUAAAGAAAAAGACAGGAAAAAGAAGAAAGAAGAAGAUGAUGAUGAAGAAAACAAUAAAGGAGAAAAGGAAAAAGAAGAUAGUGAUGAUGACGAUGACGAAGAAGAAGAUGAAGAAGAUUAG